GGCGGCAAGCUCCCAGCGGCCGUGAACGCAGAGGCGGGAUCGGAUCGGGGCCACGGAGCCUGGCCUGAAACCCAACCGCCUCCCGACCCUGAAGGACAGAGCCAGGGCACUCACCAAACAGCAGAACCAGUGCGGGGUUUCCUUCCCUCCCACAGGUGAGCACCCCCUCGGGGUCCAUGUGCCCGCCCCAGGCCCAGGCAGAGGUGGGCCCCACCAUGACUGAGAAGGCCGAAAUGGUGUGUGCCCCCAGCCCAGCACCCGCUCCGCCCCCCAAGCCUGCCUCUCCUGGGCCGCCGAAGGUGAAAGAGAUGGGCCACCAAGGCUCCUCACCCCCAAGGCUGCCCCCUGGCGUGCCGGUGAUCAGCCUGGGCCACACCAGGCCCCCAGGGGUAACCAUGGCCACCACGGAGCUGAGCGCCCUGCGACCCCCGCUGCUGCAGCUCUCUGCCCUGGGAACUGUCCCACCCCCCUUGGCCCUGCAUUAUCACCCUGACCCCUUCCUCAACAGCCUCUACAUUGGGCCGGCAGGAGCUUUCGGCAUCUUCCCCAGCAGCCGGCUGAAGCGGAGACCGAGCCACUGUGAGCUGGAGCUGGCUGAGGGGCACCAGCCCCAGAAGGUGGCCAGGCGCGUGUUCACCAACAGCCGGGAGCGCUGGCGGCAGCAGAACGUGAAUGGCGCCUUCGCAGAGCUCAGGAAGCUGCUGCCAACGCACCCGCCCGACCGGAAGCUGAGCAAGAACGAGGUGCUCCGCCUGGCCAUGAAAUACAUCGGCUUCCUGGUGCGGCUGCUGCGCGACCAGGCGGCUGCUCUGGCCGCAGGCCCCGCCCCGUCCGGGUCCCGCAAAAGACCCGCGCAUCGGGGCCCCAACGAUGGCGCCCGCCGCGGGCCUUGUCGCAGGGCCGAGGUCGCAGUGCCCUCGCAGCCCGCGCCCCCGGCGGGCCCCGACGGCAGUACCGACGGGGCGGCCCGGCCCAUCAAGACGGAACGAGCGGCCGUGAGCCCUGAGGUGCGGUGACCUACGCCGCGUUGCUUCUGAGCCUUGGGUCACCGGGAACUCAGCCCAGGGCUGUCGAGGAAAGGGCGGAGAUUGCCUUGCGCCUGCUCUGGGGCGAACUCCCCCGAAGAGGGAACAGUGAGGACGUCCCCAACGGGGAAAAGGGUCCCAGGGGUCUGGAAGGGCGACUGUCGCCCCCAGGGGGCCCCCCAGCAGACCACCUUCUUCUUCUAAUUUUUUUUUUUUAAAUCACCCCCCAACCGCUGGAAAUAGGCUUUCCCGCGUCUCCCUCCUAGGGACGAGGUGCGGGAACCAAUAUGGCAGACAGCUCAUCGGACUAAAGUGGUGCCUCUUUUUUCCGGGCUGGGGUCACCGAGAGAGGUGGGGAGGGACCGGGGAGUCUUUGCCCUUCUCACUGGCGCCCCCUCCUGGAGACUCAUGGAUACACGCUCCAUGACCGCGUCCGCUGAGGCGCAGAACCGACGCGGCGACCCACCCACCGAUCCCGAACCAGUCCCCGGAUGAAGGCGUUAUCGAAGGCUCGGGCGCUCUUACUUUUGUUUUUCUUUAUUUCUUUAUUUCACAUACACAUUAGCCAUUCAAUGGAGAAGCCGGAGAGAGUCAGGCAAAGAUGGUAUAACAGAAGCGCAGUGACGGGGGCGGGGCGGGGCGGGGCGGAGAGGGAACAUACGGGCUGGCUGCCUACUUGCAUUCCGCUAGGACACUGAAAACCCAGAAAACAAAACAGACAGUAAACUACCCUUGUUUCUUAUGUAUCUCAGUGCAGAGACGGGGGUGGAGGGCAGAGAGGGGGAGACCAGGCUGAAGGAGGAGGAGCGGAGGGACAGGGGACGCUAAGGGGGAAGCACACCAAAUCCAUUAGUACUAUAUAUAGAGAUACUCGUAUAUACUGCGUUUCUUAGCCUAAGAAGAAACUUGUUUGACGGGACGGGCGGCCUUUGCGGUCCGCGAUGCUGGUGCUGGUCGGGCGCACGGAUCUCCCGGGAGGGGCCGAAGCGGGGCUGGCCCAGGCUGGCUUGGGGGGGGAGGGGGGCGCCCCGAGGGUGGGUGGGUGGGGGGAGCAGAGGCGGGGCUGGGGUACCCCUCGGGCUCUCGAUUGGGGGACGAAAUUUCUCGUGACUUUAUUGCUCCUUUAUUUUCUCUCGUGUGGGGGGUCCGUUCAGCACGGUCGGGGUGAGGAAAUGGUGGGUCGUCUGAGCCACCCGGCCCCUCUGGGACCCAGAGCGCGGCGUCCGCUCCGCCAGCACGGGGGUGAGAACAAGGCACUAGGUCGGCCGGCCAGCGCGGGGGCGGGUGUGUAAGGCAGUCGACGGGGCUGGUUGCAGGGUGGGGUGGGGCUGUGUGCGGGGCCGUGUGCGUGCGUGCGUGCGGGCGCGGGCCUGGGCGAAUCGACCUGUCAGCUUGGCUGGUCCUGUCCUGGAGCUUCGAGCCUUCCUCGUGCUCCCCGGUGGGUGACGGGGAUAGGGGUAGGGGUGGAAGGAGUGAUGUUGAGUCGGGGGCGCCGGGGAAAGGGGGGGGUAACUACCAACUUGCUGAGCGCGCUCCUGAUAAUGCUGGUGAGGGUCAAGUUGGCGUCUGGCUCAAAGAAGGGCGCUCGGGGCGGAGAGGGAGGGAGGGAGGGGACGUUUGUUCGUUGGCAUUGACCUCUGCGGGGGAGGGGCUGGGGACCCCCCCGCCGCGCCCCCGUGCCCGGACGGGGAUGAGGCGAGGAGGGGGCGCUGGGCCCUGGGGAGGGGGCGCCCGGGGAGACCCGCGGCCAGAGCAGCCCAGCCGCCGGGCGUAUGCCGCUGUCCCGUUCCGUUAAACUCAACAAAGAAGGGAUAUGCGUGUUCCUAACAAGUGCAGGAUAUUUAAUUGAUUCAUAAACUUAUGUAUAAUAGUUUGUGGGUUUUUUUUUAAAACGUACUUUAUAAUGUAAGAAGCACCAGGGUUUUUAUGUUGAAUUAUCUUAAAAAUAAUUUUCUCUCGUCCUUUUCCUUUUUGAUCUUGUGGUUUUUUUUUUUUUUUUUAAUGUCCAGGUGUUUUUUUUUUUUAACUCUAAAAUGUGAACGUUUCCUUCAGCCCUCCCACCGAAACCGAGAACGAACGACGAAACAAAUAAAAACCCCAGAUCAUCCUCGUCAACGCAGGAAAACGACUUAAAAAAAAAAAAAAAAACUGAAAACGAAC